AUGGACAUGAACAUGGACAUGGACGUGGACGUGAACGUGGACGUGGACGUGGACGUGGACAUGGACGUGGACGUGAACGUGGACGUGGACGUGGACAUGGACAUGGACGUGGACGUGGACGUGGACAUGGUCGUGGACAUGGACGUGAACGUGGACAUAGACCUGGACGUGGACAUGGACGUGUACGAGGUCGUGGACUUGGACGUGGACGUGGACGUGGACAUGGUCGUGGACGUGGACGUGGACGUGGACAUGGACGUGGACGUGGACGUGGACGUGGACAUGGACGUGGACGUGGACGUGGACGUGGACAUGGUCGUGGACGUGGACAUGGACGUGGACGUGGACAUGGACGUGGACGUGGACGUGGACGUGGACAUGGACGUGGACAUGGACGUGACGUGGACGUGGACAUGGACACAUGGACAUGGACGUGGACGUGACGUGGACGUGGACGUCGACGUGGACGUGGACGUGGACAUGGACGUGGACGUGGACAUGGACGUGGACGUGGAUGUGGGAAGGGGAUGGGGGGAAGUAGGGAAGGGGAUGGGGGGAAGCAGGGAAGGGGAUGGGGGGAAGCAGGGCAGGGGAUACGGGGUAAGAGGGGAUAGGAUAGGGGGAAGCACGGCUAGGGAUACGGGGAAGCAGGGAAGAGGAUGGGGGGAACGUGGGCAGAUGCCGGGGAGAGAGCUGGGGGGAGGAUGGUGGGGAGCAGAGAGGGAAUCAAAACGCUAUGGGGAGAGGGAAAGAGCGGAUGGAAACGCGGAGGAGGACAUGGACGUGGACAUGGACGUGGACGUGGACGUGGACGUGGACAUGGACGUGGACAUGGACGUGGACGUGGACGUGGACAUGGACGUAGACGUGGACGUGGACAUGGACGUGGAUGUAGACGUGGACGUGGACAUGGACGUGGACGUGGACGUGGACGUGGACGUGGACGUGGACAUGGACGUGGACGUGGACGUGGUUGUGGACGUGGACGUGAACGUAGACGUGGACGUGGACGUGGACGUAGACAUGGACGUAGACGUGGACGUGGACGUUGACGUGGACAUGGACGUGGACGUGGACGUGGACGUGGAGGAAUUGGACGUGGACAUGGACGUGGACGUGGACAUGGACGUGGAAGUGGACGUGGACGUGGACGUGGAGAACUUGGACGUGGACAUGGACGUGAACGUGGACGUGGACAUGGACGUGGAGGACUUGGACGUGGACAUGGACGUGGACGUGGACGUGGACAUGGACGUGGGCGUGGACAUGGAGGUGGACGUGGACGUGGACGUGGACAUGGACGUGGACGUGGACGUGGACGUGGACAUGGUCGUGGACAUGGACAUGAGCAUGGACAUGGACGUGGACGUGGACGUGGUCGUGGACGUGAACGUGGACGUGAACGUGGACGUGGUCGUGGACGUGGACGUGGACGUGGACCUGGACGUGGACGUGGACGUGGACGUGGAGGUGGACAUGGACGUGGACGUGGACGUGGACGUGGACGCGGACGUUGACGUGGACGCGGACAUGGAUGUGGACAUGGACAUGGACGUGGACGUGGACGUGGAUGUGGACGUGGACGUGGACGUGGACGCGGACAUGGAUGUGGACGUGGACAUGGACGUGGACGUGGACGUGGACGUGGACGUGGACGUGGACGUAGACGUGGACGUGGACGUGGACGUGGACAUGGACAUGGACGUGGACGUGGACGUAGACAUGGACGUGGACGUGGACGUGGAAGUGGACGUGGACGUCGACGUGGACGUGGACGUGGAGGACUUGGACGUGGAUGUGGACGUGGAUGUGGACGUGGACGUGGACGACUUGGACGUGGACAUGGACGUGAACAUAGACGUGGACAUAGACGUGGACGUGGACGUAGACAUGGACGUAGACGUGGACGUGGACGUAGACGUGGACAUGGACGUGGACGUAGACGUGGACGUGGACGUAGACGUGGACGUGGACGUGGACGUGGUCGUGGACUUGGACGUGGACGUGGACGUGGACAUGAAGGUGGACGUGGACGUGGACAUGGACGUGGACGUGGAUGUGGACGUGGACAUGGACGUGGACGUGGACGUGGACGUGGACAUGGUCCUGGACGUGGACAUGGACGUGGACGUGGACAUGGACGUGGACGUGGACGUGGACGUGGACGUGGACAUGGACAUGGACGUGGACGUGGCGUGGACGUGGACAUGGAUGAACAUGGACGUGGACGUGGACGUCGACGUGGACAUGGACGUGGACGUGGACAUGGACGUGGACGUGGACGUGGACGUGGACGAAGACCUGGUCGUGGAUGUGGACGUGGACGUGGACGUGGACAUGGACGUGGACGUGGAUGUGGACUUGGACGUGGACGUGGACGUGGACAUGGACGUGGACGUGAACGUGGACGUGGACGUGGACAUGGACAUGGACGUGGACGUGGACGUGGACAUGGUCGUGGACAUGGACGUGAACGUGGACAUAGACGUGGACGUGGACAUGGACGUGGACGAGGUCGUGGACUUGGACGUGGACGUGGACGUGGACAUGGUCGUGGACGUGGACGUGGACGUGGACAUGGACGUGGACGUGGACGUGGACGUGGACAUGGACGUGGACGUGGACGUGGACAUGGUCGUGGACGUGGACAUGGACGUGAACGUGGACAUGGAUGUGGACGUGGACGUGGACAUGGACGUGGACGUUGACGUGACGUGGACGUGGACAUGGACAGCGGAUGGAAACGCGGAGGAGGACAUGGACGUGGACAUGGACGUGGACGUGGACGUGGACGUGGACAUGGACGUGGACAUGGACGUGGACGUGGACGUGGACAUGGACGUAGACGUGGACGUGGACAUGGACGUGGAUGUAGACGUGGACGUGGACAUGGACGUGGACGUGGACGUGGACGUGGACGUGGACAUGGACGUGGACGUGGACGUGGUUGUGGACGUGGACGUGAACGUAGACGUGGACGUGGACGUAGACAUGGACGUAGACGUGGACGUGGACGUUGACGUGGACAUGGACGUGGACAUGGACGUGGACGUGGACGUGGAGGAGUUGGACGUGGACAUGGACGUGGACGUGGACAUGGACGUGGAAGUGGACGUGGACGUGGACGUGGAGAACUUGGACGUGGACAUGGACGUGAACGUGGACGUGGACAUGGACGUGGAGGACUUGGACGUGGACAUGGACGUGGACGUGGACGUGGACAUGGACGUGGGCGUGGACAUGGAGGUGGACGUGGACGUGGACGUGGACCUGGACGUGGACGUGGACGUGGACGUGGUCGUGGACGUGAACGUGGACGUGGACGUGGACGUGGUCGUGGACGUGGACGUGGACGUUGACAUCGACGUGGACGUGGACGUGGACGUGGAGGUGGACAUGGACGUGGACGUGGACGUGGACGUGGACGUGGACGUGGACGUGGACGUGGUCGUGGACGUGGACAUGGACGUGGACGUGGACGUGGACAUGGACGUGGACGUGGACGUGACGUGGACUGGACGUGGACGUGGACGUGGACGUGGACGUGGACCUGGACGUGGACGUGGACGUGGACGUGGACUGGACGUGGACGUGGACAUUGACGUGGACGUGGACGUGGACGUGGACGUGGACAUGGACGUGGACGUGGACGUGGACGUGGACGUGGACGUGGUCGUGGACGUGGACAUGGACGUGGACGUGGACGUGGACGUAGACGUGGACGUGACGUGGACUGGACGUGGACUGGACCUGGACGUGGACCUGGUCGUGGACCUGGACGUGGACCUGGACGUGGACGUGGAUGUGGACGUGGACGUGGACGUGGACGUGGACGUGGACGUGGACGUGGAGGUGGACGUGGACGUGGACGUCGACGUGGACGUCGAGGUGGACGUGGACGUGGACGUGGAGGUGGACGUGGAGGUGGACGUGGACGUGGACAUGGACGUGGACGUGGACGUGGACGUGGACGUGGACCUGGACGUGGUCGUGGACGUGGACAAGGACGUGGACGUGGACGUGGACGUAGACACGUGGACGUGGACGUGGACGUGGACGUGGACGUGGACAUCGACAUGGACGUGGACGUGGACGUGGACGUGGACUGGGACGUGGACGUGGACGUGGAUGGACCUGGACGUGGACCUGGUCGUGGACCUGGACGUGGACCUGGACGUGGACGUGGACGUGGACGUGGACGUGGACGUGGACGUGGACGUGGAGGUGGACGUGGACGUGGACGUGGAGGUGGACGUGGACGUGGACGUGGACGUGGAGGUGGACGUGGAGGUGGACGUGGACGUAGACUUGGACGUGGACAUGGACGUGAACGUGGACGUGGACGUGGACCUGGACGUGGACGUGGACGUGGAUGUGGACGUCGACGUGGACGUGGACGUGGACAUGGACGUGGAGGUAGACGUGGAGUGGACGUGGACGUGGACGUGGACGUGGACAUGGACGUGGACGUGGACGUGGACGUGGACGUGGACGUGGACGUGGACAUGGACGUGGACGUGGACGUGA